AUGAAGGAGAACAACAAGAUCCUCCAGCUCAUCUAUGUGGCGUGGCGCGAGCGCUGGUCGGACUCCCAGUGGGGCAUCAACAUUAAAAAGGUGCUGCCAAGGGGAGUAAGUGGAGAUGUGUACAAUCUGGCGGACUGUCUGAUGCAGCAGGCACUCAUUGGUUCGACAGCAAAUCCGUUGGUUCUUAAUUACCUGAAGCACUCGCUGUGCGCCCAUCUCGUCUCGCAUGCCGCUGUCCUCCGUUGCAUUGCCAAAUAUGACAAAUUGGAGCGCGUUUAUUGCAUUACAGCGCUUCUAGAAUUUCUGGCCAGCAUUGUGGACGGUGUUACCUGCCGCAUCAAAUCGGAGGAAGCUGUGUUGCCCAGCUCCGUAGUCCACUUGGUCUACUGGCUGUUCCAAAUCUUUGCCAGAACCGUGCAACAUUAUGAACUCUAUGGCGAGAUUAGCGCAGAGCAAUCAUACAUGCUGGACCAGACAUGCGUGGUAAUCGACCGUCUAAGCCAGCAGCAGUUUCUGCUCUCCAUGCUGUACGUGGGUUGCCACGAAGAGCUCGAAAUAUGUGGGCGGAUUCGGGAUAAGUACGCCAACAUCAAGGGGUCGUUGACGAACUCCAACUUCACUCUAAAUUCGCCAAGCGUGGAACAGCAGCUUCAGCAAUUGGCCUACAUUGAAGCCAAGCACCUGGACAUGCAGUCAUUGAAUUCACCGCCAACGCUGGAAAAGAUCUCGUGCUGUGUGCAACCGUUGUUGGCGGUCGAAGUGCUGCUCAAUCCUUGCAAGGACACUAGCUACUACGUGGCCGAGUUGCAGAUGCUGCAGCGAUUGAAAAGGUACUCCAACACACGCCUCUUCUACGAAAUCAUUCGUGCUGGAUUCCUCACGCUAAGCAAUGUUGCGGAUACCAGUCCGGACACCAUGUGGGGUGCCUUUAUGUUCUUCAAGAUGCCGCACAUCAUCAAGCAGCUGCACGCUCUGCAGCGGAUUCCCGGAGAGCAACCACCGCCGGCAGAUUACAUACCCGAGUUGGUUGAGGCUUUGGAGUUGCUCAUCGAGGAUAACCUGCUGCUGGACUUCAUGGACACCAAGUGCUCGUGCAAUAUGAUCGAGUUCCUCCUAAAUGACUGGACCAAGCAGCAGCUUGUCAAUGAUGUCCAUGUGAAAAAGUUCGCCAGUCAGAGGGAGGCCCCCUCUCAGCUACUGAAAAAAUGCGAUAAUGGCCAACAAACACCCUCCAACAUCAAUUUCAUCAAGCGUGCAGAGGUUCCGCUUUCUGGAGUCCUGAAGACGCUGUGCACCAACAAGGUGCAGGAUAUGGUGAAUGUCCUCUGCCAGGUGCCGGUGGGCAACAGCUUCGAGUUGAUUCUUUCGGUGGCCACCGUCGAAGGACGCCUUAAAACAUUCGUAUCCCGCCUGAUCCAGUGCAACGAGAACUCGAAGCCAGUUCCGGGCGAGCUGGGAAAGCUGUGCGUAAUCCGCUCAACGCUGUUUGAUGUAUCAUUCCUUAUGUUGACCAGCAUUGUGCAGACCUAUGGAUCGGAUGUCGUUUUAUCGGAGCGUGGUGACUCCUUCUUUGAGAAAUGGGUGCGAGAGUGCAUGGUGGAGAGGAAUAAGCUAAAGAACCCGCGCCAAAUCCUUGCUCUUUGCGACGACAGUAUUGUGGAUGAGCUUCUGCUAAGUUUAAGCAAACCAGAGGCUGCGCAAUUGAAGCCAAGCAGCCUGAGUUGGCAGGAGACCUGCUUAAAUUUGCCAGGGGUGCUCCAUCAUGUGCUCAUAGCUUGGGAGCAGGAGACCCUCUCUUCGGCGGAUGUAAAAAGUAUUCUGGACAAUAUAAAGCGGCGGCUUUUCAGCUUCUCUGUUUGCGCCACUAGUUUCCUGUGUGCCUACAUGUAUUCGGUGAAGGAAACAGAGCUUCUGAAGCCACUCAACAUGAUUCAGCAGUUCUUGGCGCCGUUGACCAGCGAGGAACUGUCCAGCCAAGAAAAUGCCAAGGAGCGGCUAGCUCUGUCUUAUCAGAUCAUCAGAAAAAUGCAACACGAUGUGCAUCCCGCCCCAAGCACAAAAUCCCGACUGAUUUCACACUCCCCGCUGGUCGAGCAGUUCCGGGAGGUGUGGCGAACCGUAAUCGAUGCUGGUCACCUGCCCGUUCGCGCCGCUCAGUCACUGGAAUCCCUGCUGCUGGCUGGCGGAGCGGCUUGGCUGUCCACGCAGCUGGUGGAGCAACUGCUGGCCUGCAAGUACACAAGGGAUAUGUCUCGAACGAUGGACGUGGUGUUUGCCGUGAUGCACCUUGACAUCGAGAAGACCACGGAGGCGCUGCUGCAGUACGUGGUGGCCCCACUUAUACUCCGUCGACAAGGUGAGGACAUCAAUGAGCCCCAAUCUCUGGUGCUGGCCCGCCUGUGUGUAUACUGUAUUAUUUCCUGCCUGGAAGCCCGCAAAGGGAAUGCCUCCUCGGCAUUAACGGCCAUGAAGAAGCGAUCGAGAUCCCAUGAUGAGGAGGAACUGGCAUCCAAUGCGGCCAAAGUGCGCAAGGUGAUUGGUGAUGGCAGCGACAACUCCAGCGAUUUUACUGAUGGAGCAGCCGGUGCUGGAUUCGGAGCUCUACUGGGAUCAACGUGCGCUACCGAACUGCGGACCACGCCACUUACACUAAGAGAACCUCUGCAAACGAGCGUGCAGCAUAUUUUCGGAGUAUUCGUGCAGUUUGUCAGCGGAGAUGAAUUGUCGCCCAAGGCCGUUUUUGUCUAUCAGUUCAUCUCGCUGCUGGUGGAAUGCGGUGGCGAGCGGGUAGCACCCGUUCUGCGCCUGCUGCCCACCAACCUGGUGCAGCAGCUGCUCAAGGUUCUGGUGACCGACGACAUACGAGUGGGUCUGAUCAGCAGACUUUACGACCUGAGACUCCAGGCAGGAAGGCUGUCGGCGGUGGCCGAUUUGUGUCUGUGGCGGAACAUGCAGAUGGCCAGGCACAGCAUACACCUGUGAGGAAUUUCGAGAAGUGCCUCUCCAGGCGAGCCGAUUAAGAUUAAGAGACGGGCGGGCGAAAUUGCUAAAUGAAUUGUAUUAAAAACUAGAAAUUGGUGACUCGACUCGGCUACUUCUUCGCACGAAGUGGAUUUUGCUUUCGUUUAUUACAAUAAUUUGUUGUCGCCGAUUUUCGUCCGUGUUUGCAUCAUCAUCAUCAUCUUCUCCAGUUAGCGGGUGUAGGGAGGGGUGUAUGGGCAGGCUUAAAGUAAGAGACCGGAUUCCCUAUAUCACUUGAGCAGACAGCACUCGAAGUAGGUCUCGCCCACACAGCCGCCGCGCAUCGCCUUUUUCACAUUGCUCUCGAAUUGGCGGCGAUUGGUCUGCAGGACGUCGGCCGCCUCCUUGUUGAGCGGAUCCUCGGGAUUGGGUUCC